AAUAAUUUUUGAAAAAUGAAAUCACGCAAAAGCAUUGGCGCUAAUGCAGGAUUCGAAAUGCUAAGCGAAGAGGCAAAACAAACUUUGAAAAAAUAUGAACAAAUCAUAAUCUCUUCAAUGGUAUUCGUUGCUGUACUUUCCAUUGUUUGGUCGGUUUCAAUACACAUUAUAUCGAAUGAUUUUCAUUAUGGAAUUAUUGGUGCCAAAAUUGUUUUCCGUGAGCGGGACUACACACAAAUGGAUAAUCGCACCAUAAAUAUUCUAAAAGAAGAUUUGAAAACACUCACAGAAACUGUUUAUACCACCAUAUCUGCCUUAGAAUCUAGUAGCAGUCCCAAAGAAGAAUAUUUAAAAAAUUUAGUGGAUGAACAAAAUGCACUCAAUGCUGAAAAUCAAACUACAAAAAUGCCAAAAGUUCGCAAAAUACCACAUUUAUUUCAAUUUUAUAGAUCAGGGCCGGAAGAACCUGUUGAUGAAGAGAUUGAUGAUGAACUGGAGAUUAACUCAACGGUAGUGCCAACGCCAAAAUUGAAUAUUGAAGAGGACACACAUUUUCUAUCUACAAUGACAAUUGAUAUUCAUCAGACGCGGUGGCGGUAUAACGUAGCAGAGCAAUUUGUUUAUAAUUUUCCGUUCAUGUCGGAAAUCAUAGCAAUUAUUUGGACUGCUCUAUUUUUUUUAUAUCAAACGGGUAUAAAAAAAUAUUGGGGCUUACCGAAACCUUGGCGCAUAGUGGUACCAUCAAUUUUGGUGUUCUUCAUAAUGGCACUUAGCUCCUUGAUUUACACAAUUUUAGUGACAGGAUACUUAAAAACAUUUUGUACGGAUUUACGAGCUAAUUUAAGUGUACCCACUGCUAUAAGUUGUGGUCAAGCGAUGUCAGUAUUGCGUCCAACUAUUCGACAGCAUUUAAUCAGUCACGAUGCGUAUCUCACCAUCUUCCGAAUAGUAUAUAUGCUAAGUUUAGGAUUGUGGAGCUUAGCAUUUCUGGUUAUGGUAUUGCGGUACAUAUUCGCAGUUGAUUUCCAAUUAGUGGAUGUAGAGCCUGCAUUUUAUGAGAGCAAAACUGAAAAGUUGCACAAAGAGUCUGAAUUCCAUGAAGUGCCUUUAAAUAUGCCAAAAUCGGCAACAUUAGAUGUUGAAGAAGAGAAAGCCCUAGAAGACUUUCACAGUGCAGUUUCACAUGUAAGCGAAGUAGCGACACCAUUAUUAGUAAAUAGUCCACAGAAAAUCGUUUGAACUUAUUUUUUUGUGAUAGUGAAAGAAAUAUAUUUAUCUCAGGAAUAAGAAAUCUCUAAACUUCUUAUCACAAAUUGAUAUUAUGACGAAUGUGUUCCUUCAACGCACGAACAAUGUAUUUAACUCAUAUGAUUUUAUACC